AUGGAGUCAAAAAGUCUGCAAUAUUAUUACUCUUCAAAGUUCAAAAAACCAAAAUCCAGCUUUGAAGCUUCUUGGAUAUUGCCUGCUUGCUUGCUCACCGAAACCUCAUCAUCCAACACCGUCAAUCAGAACCCACCCAACGGCCACAAUGAUAUCAUGGGUCAAGCAGAAUCGUCGAAGGAGUUUCUCAUAGAAUCACCCAGAUGCACGGAAACACCAAAAAACCUCCAUGGGACCUCGAGGUUCUUCGUUCAAACGGGCGCGUUGAGAUCACUCGCCGAAGACGCUCGAAUAAGCGCGUGCGAAACCGGAAACAUCGACAAGGAACGUGGAAGAGAAGCAGAGGAUGUUCAACUCCGUGGGACCCAUCGCCAGCCGACAAGUGUCAGCGGAGAAGGCGUCAAACUCCCCGGGGCCUCCCUCACCGUUGUAAUGUACACGCUGGAGCCGCACACGGAGUUCCGACGGUCCAUGAUGGAGAUGGUGGUGUCUAGAUUAGAGCGUAAUCUAACCGUAGAUUGGGAUUACUUGGAAGAGCUUGUGCUUUGUUACUUGGAGCUUAACGAGAACAAGUGCCGAGAGUACAUAUUAAGCGCAUUUUUUCAUGUACUUGUAGAGUUGCUUGGAUGA